GAUUCUCGCCCGAAGAGCACACCCACUUUGAGGUCUGGAUCUCUCCUGGCACUCUCAGCACACUUCUGGAGGCCCUCCGACCGCCCAUUCUGUGGCCACAGGGCACCGUGGUGUGCGGCAAUUUGUGCGGCCAGAAUCCCAGCUCAAUGCAACAGUUUAGAUCGGUUUAGAUAAGUGUUUGCCUAUUGACAAUCGCUCCUCCUUCUUUGCUCCAGAAACAUGUGUAUGACUGGAUUAUUGGCAUCUUCAACAUCUUCUAAGGGACGCGUUCAUUGAAGAUGUAAUUGUUAAUUAUUGAAAUUUCUAAUUAAAAAUUUAUAAAAUCGGUACAAUUCUUGAUUGUCGACAUGUUUUUAAAAGAGGGUUGCCCGAUGCAAAUUCACCACUUUUCACCACUCACUUGUGCUGCCACCUUCAUCGAAUCAGAAGAGUUGAAAAACAUAAACAAGGAUGGCAGCCGGACCGAUUGCGGAGAGAAAUCAAGAUGCAACUAUCUAUGUUGGAGGAUUGGAUGAUAAAGUCACAGAAUCCCUGCUCUGGGAACUCUUUGUUCAGGCAGGACCCGUUGUAAACGUCCACAUGCCAAAGGAUCGAGUUACGCAAAUGCAUCAGGGAUAUGGAUUUGUAGAGUUCCUGGGCGAGGAGGAUGCUGACUAUGGGAUAAAGAUCAUGAAUAUGAUCAAACUCUAUGGCAAACCCAUUCGCGUGAACAAGGCAUCUGCCCAUCAGAAGAAUCUCGAUGUGGGAGCCAAUAUUUUCAUCGGUAAUCUCGAUACGGAAGUGGAUGAGAAGCUUCUCUACGAUACCUUCUCUGCCUUCGGAGUGAUUCUCCAGACACCGAAAAUUAUGCGAGAUCCUGAGACAGGCAACUCCAAAGGCUUUGCCUUCAUCAAUUUCGCCAGUUUCGAGGCCUCAGACGCUGCGAUGGAUGCCAUGAAUGGUCAGUAUCUCUGCAACCGGCCCAUUUCCGUGUCAUAUGCAUUCAAGAAGGAUUCCAAGGGAGAACGCCACGGAUCAGCAGCUGAGCGUCUAUUAGCUGCUCAGAAUCCUCUGUCACACGCCGACCGACCACAUCAGUUGUUCGCGGACGCUCCAGUGCCGCCAAUGAUGCCGAUGCCAGCAGGCAUGAUGGGUCCCAUGAUUCCACCGCCUCUGAUCGCGCCUCCUCCGCCUCCCGUUCCGCCGCCAAAUGCGCCAUUCCCUUCAACGGUGCCGCCACCGCCACUUCCACCCAUGCAGCCUCCCAUGCCUUCCCAGCCACCGCUGCCGCCCACUCCGAUGGGACUUCCGCCAGCUCCUCGGAUGAUGCCUCAGCAGCCGCCGUGGUCGCAGAACGGAGGCCCUGGAGGUGGCCCCGGAUACCCUGGCGGAAGUUUUCCUCCAGCUCCCCCACCGCCCGGUCCGCCGUCAGUCCCCUCAGCUCGGCCACCUCAGCCGCCGCCAAAUUUCCCCAGGAUGCCGCCAGCUGGAAAUUUUCAGCGACCCCCAUUCCCACCCCGUGGGAUGCCUCCUCCGCCACCGGCAAACUUCAGCAGCGAUACUUUCAACAAUUUUUAAUUAUUUACAAUAUUAAUAAAGCUUUUCAAUUUUCCCAUUUCUAUACGAAAUGCAAGACGAAAUAUUUCAUCUUAUACUUCCCCUGAGUGCGGCACUGCAAAAAG